CACACACACACACACACACACGUCAGGCAAAGAUGGCGGCCUUCACUGUGGCCCGCAGAAGCGGCGGGCUGUUGAGCGGGUUAAGGACGUCUUUCAGGAGUCUGGCGCCCGUGAAAUAUGCCGCGCUGCAGCCGACGAACCAGCCGGGGGCCCGCCGCUGGAGCUCCGCCGGGGCCCUGAGCGUUAAGCAGCGGAUUGACGAGAAACGGAAGAUGGCGCUGUGCGGGGGAGGUCAGAACAGAAUAGACGCACAACACAAAAAGGGCAAGUUGACGGCCAGGGAGCGAGUGGAGCUGCUGCUGGACCCCGAGUCCUUCGUGGAGUCGGACAUGUUCGUGGAGCAUCGUUGCUCCGACUUCGGCAUGGAGCAGGACGGGAACAAGUUCCCGGGAGACAGCGUGGUGACCGGCCGGGGCCGGAUCAAUGGGAGGCUGGUUUAUGUGUUCAGUCAGGUGUGUGACCUUUACUUCUACUCUUCUACUCUACACAACAAUGUGUUCAAUUUAAUAACAAAUGUGACAAACUUUAAUAUUCCUCCCACACUUUCGGUUUUCCCUCAGGACUUCACGGUGUUCGGAGGAAGUCUGUCCGGAGCUCAUGCACAGAAGAUUUGUAAGAUUAUGGACCAGGCCAUGACGGUCGGAGCCCCCGUCAUCGGGUUGAACGAUUCCGGAGGAGCUCGCAUCCAGGAGGGAGUGGAGUCUCUGGCUGGAUAUGCAGAUAUAUUCCUGAGGAAUGUGUUGGCUUCAGGAGUCGUACCUCAGAUCUCCCUCAUCAUGGGUCCCUGUGCCGGAGGAGCCGUCUACUCGCCGGCCCUGACGGAUUUUACCUUCAUGGUUAAGGACACAUCAUACCUGUUCAUCACAGGACCCGAUGUCGUGAAGUCGGUCACCAACGAAGAUGUGACUCAAGAGGAGCUCGGUGGAGCCAAGACACACACCACCGUGUCCGGAGUGGCGCACCAUGCUUUCGAAGACGACGUCGAAGCCUUGCUCAACGUGCGGGAGUUCUUCAACUUCCUGCCGCUGAGCAACCAGGACCCGGCUCCCAUCCGAGAGUGCCACGACAGCAGCGACCGCCCGGUACACUCUUUGGACACCAUCGUGCCGUUGGAGACGACUAAAGCCUACGACAUGUUGGACAUCGUUCGAGCCAUAGUAGAUGAGAGCGACUUCUUCGAGAUCAUGCCCAACUACGCCAAGAACAUCGUGGUGGGCUUUGCCCGCAUGAACGGACGCACCGUAGGCAUUGUGGGUAACCAGCCCAAAGUGGCUUCUGGUUGUUUGGACAUCAACUCCUCAGUGAAGGGAGCCCGCUUUGUGCGCUUCUGUGACGCUUUCAAUAUUCCCAUCAUCACCUUUGUGGACGUGCCAGGCUUCCUGCCAGGUACCGCUCAGGAGUACGGAGGCAUCAUCAGGCACGGAGCCAAGCUGCUCUACGCCUUCGCAGAGGCCACGGUCCCCAAAAUAACCGUCAUCACCAGAAAGGCCUACGGAGGAGCCUAUGACGUGAUGAGCUCCAAACACUUGAGAGGAGAUGUGAACUACGCCUGGCCCACCGCCGAGGUCGCGGUCAUGGGCGCCAAGGGGGCCGUGCAGAUCAUUUUCAGAGGGAAGGAGAACCAGGCGGAAGCAGAGGCCGAAUACGUGGAGAAGUUCGCCAACCCUUUCCCGGCUGCUCUCAGAGGGUUUGUGGAUGACAUCAUCGAGCCUUCGACCACCCGCAAGAGGAUCUGCAGAGACCUGGAGGUGCUGGCAAGCAAGAAGCAGCUGAAUCCCUGGAAGAAACACGCCAACAUUCCGCUGUGAAACACACCACCACCUACACCCGCUGUGGGGUCUUUUUCAGACAAAUGAACUGCAGAGUAAUGACAACUUGGGUCCCCAGGUGUCCCUUCCAGCUCUGAUGUGUUUUGAACUAUAAACUUAACUUUGUUAAAAAAAAUCAGCACAUUUCUCUGUACAACCACUGGUAUGCAAACAUUUUACAGUUCAUGAGGUGGAGACACACAUUGAAGGUCAUGUCAGUUGUGGCCAUAUUGGUCACUUUGAGAAUAAGGUUGAAUCUCAAAGGGUAGAUUACCGUGUUAGUGGAAAUGCAAACAUGUUGUACACGUGUAGGGUUUCCAAAGUUGUAUGCAGUGUAUUUAGUCCAGGUUUCUGCUGUGUACAUUAGUGACCACUUUCAGGUGAACUCCCCGUAAUCAAUGUCAUCCGGACACUGUGCCUUUCCUCUUGUAAAAUAAAUCAUGGACUCCAAA